GCUUGGCUCGUGCACCCAUCUAGUACCGACCCGAAAUUUUAACGGGUCGGGAAAAACAUGCCCCAUCCGCCGAGCGGGACGGCCAUCUUCCUGCAGGGUACUUCCAAGGGGAACUCUGGAAACCCUACAAACCAAAGCAAUAAACCCUAGAAGCGAUUCAUAUGGAAGGUGAUAAGCCUUUGACGGCGACGCUAAUGUGUACUGUAGUGGCCGUCGACCACACCCACCUCUGUUACAGAGUCUGCUCUCUUUGCGAGAAGACUUUGCGCGAAACCGACAAAAACAACACUUCUUCUUCUUCGUCGUCGUCGUCGUCGUCUUCUGCCUGCAAAUACUGCAAUGCCUUCCACCCUGUUUCCUCCAAUCCCAAACGCCUCUUUCGCGUUCUCAUGUCUAUAGCAUCAGACACCAAAGUGUUUGUGGUGGUGAUGUUUGAUAAAGCUGCGAGGGUUCUCUUUGGUUGCUCUGCUGAUGAAUUCUUUGACUUUGCCAAGCUUCACCCCUUUUCUGCUGAGACUGCUGCUAAAGCUCUGGAGGGAGAAAUGCUGAGAGUGACCCUAUCAAAACCAAAGAAUGGUAAUGCGCAACAUCAGCGAGUGGUGUCUGUUGUUCCUUUACGUUCUGGUUUUCGACCUGCCAUCGAGAACUUGAGAGAAUUGUAUGGGUAAGAGUUGGUUCAUAACCCCUGUUAUUCAUCUUGUAUGCUUUGUUGAAGUUGGAUCAGAAUUUUACCAAGGGUUAAUACCCCUGCAGUGAUAGUUGAGCCUAAAAACUUGUACUCCGUAUCAUGUCCAAAUUUUUGUGUAGAGUGGUGGCAAUGUGAUUUUCAGAUACUUCAAUUUGAUUGCUUUUAGUACAGUGUCCGUUCAAUCU